AUGGGAAGCGAGAAGAAGCGCACCUCCACAAUCAGUAACAACCGCAAUUUAUCAGCUUCAGGCGAGGCUUUCCACGAUAGAAAGCUUGCGCAAUCUGAGCCUGAUCUGGAACACGUUGAGAAUAUGGAUUCUCACGACAAUCCAAAGUCGCCCACGAGAAUUAAACAGGCACAACUAAAGCUUCACAAGCAUUGGAGGCGUUUCUGGUGUUGUUACCUGGUCGCAGUUGUCAUAUUUCUUGCGAUCUUCCUACCUGUCUUCUUUCUGGUUGCAAUUCCGGCCAUUGCUCAGAGAAUCGUCGACGACACAGACCUUCCUAUCUACGGAGCCCAGAUUUUGAAUCCAAAACCGGAUCGAGUGAGCUUCACAUUGCACACUUCGUUGGAUGUUCCAUUAGGCCUUCGUAUCCGAACGGAUCCAUUUGAUCUCCGCCUAUUCGAUCGAAAUAUCAGUCCGACCGAUCCAUAUAUCACUGUCGGGUUGCCCACAUACAGUCUGAAGGGGAAAACCGAUAUGAUCAUCACUCGCAACGACACAAGGAUCUUGAACCAGGGACAGUUUGUGGAGACUCUCACUCGGGCCGUCUAUAAUGAAAAGUUUACACUGUCGGCAAAGGGAUCCACAGUGGGUCACCUCGGAGCUCUGAAAGCUCCAUUGACCUUGAACAAGGAUGUGGAACUCAAUGGUCUGAAUAAGCUGUCUGGCUUCUCGAUACAGUCUGCCCGACUUCUGUUUCCCAAUGAAAGCAAUGGAAAUAACCUCGUCGGGACUGCUAACUUGCCUAAUCAUUCCGUUUUCACGUUCGCGCUCGGAAAUGUGACUCUGAAUUUGAAAAGUGUUAAUCUGACGAUCGGUCAAGCUACCAUUGAGAACGUUGUUCUUCGGCCAGGCAAUAACCCGGUAUCACUCAAAGGCACACUUGACAUCGAUACCGUCCUAGACAACCUCGAGGAUAUGCUUGCUGCCCAGAAAAGUGCACUGGAGGACGGGGAUGUCGAACUUUCGGCAUCCGGGAACUCGACAGUCUAUGAUGGCAUUCAUAUUGACUACUAUGAAGAAAUUCUGAAUAAUCUCACCCUGACCACAAGAAUUCCCAUCCUGGAGGUCUUAGGGGAUACACUUCAGGGGCUGCUCGACAAUAAGAAUUCCUCGCUUGGGAAUGUUCUCAGGAACGUCACCAGUAUCCUUGGGGAUUUGACUGCUUCGAGCGAUAUUUCGAAUGCAGCCCGGUCGCUUCGAGUUCUUAUAUAG